AUUCAUUGUACAUGCGAUAUGCACGCAUUUGUGAAUGAAUCAUCAUUGAGUUUGGUCUGAAACUAGCCUUGAAGAGAAGAUGAGCGGAUCACCAAUCAGCUCCAAUGUAAGAGUCCUGCCUACGAAUAAUCAGGUGAAGGCCCUGCAGACGAGUUUGAGAAAUUCGUCUACUCGACGCGAAGAUUUCAUUUUCUGCGCUGAUCGACUGAGUCGUCUAGCGGUGGAAGAGGGCUUGAAUCUGUUGCCUUCAUCGCCAACGGUGGUCACAACGCCAACCGGCUCCGAGUAUGAAGGGGUCCAGUUCUCGUCACGAAUCUGUGGAGUUAGCAUGAUGAGAAGUGGUGAGGCCAUGGAGCUGGCGUUACGUGACUGCUGCCAGUCCAUCCGCAUUGGAAAGCUACUAAUCAAGAGAAAGAAUCCCGACGAGGAGCCGACCGUUUUUUAUGCCAAGCUUCCACCGGAUGCUCAUGAACGUGCUGUGUUCCUUAUGCAUCCCCUUCUUGACACCGGCGCAUCUCUGUUGAAGGCGGUGGCGCUACUCAAGGAAAGGAGAGUGCCAGAGUCCAGUAUCAUCAUUUUGAACCUCUUCUCGACUGAUGAAGGAAUUCGCUCUAUUCUGGACGUGCAUCCGGAUGUCCGGAUUCUCACCACCGAAAUUGGAACCGCGUGUCCGAGUCACUUUGGUCAGAUAUACUUUGGUGCUCGCUGAGUCAAACGUUGCUGCACAGCACUACGUCCAGCGUGUGGAUGCGACCAGCAGUUGUGCUACUUGCUAGAAUCUGCUUGAGCUACGAAGCUUUUGGUGAUAUUGCCAAGAAAACAUGGAACCCCAACCUCUUGGGGCUGACCGAAAAGAAAUUGCUAGUGCUGGUUUUUCCUGUUGUCGAAAUUGGCAUACGGUGUUGGAGUCUUACAUCAGUAUGUCUGUUUUUCCCUCGUGAUGUUCGUGUUACGAUAUCGUUCGCAAGGUAUUUCCGUCCUGUCUGAGUCAAUUCCGCAGUCCAGCUGUCCACCUGCAUGGUUACAUUGCUGCGGCUAGCUUGCCACAUACACCGUCGCUCCAUGCCUUUCCUAGCGCCAUCGGGUUUAGCACUGUGCCAGUCGCUGCCGGGUGCUGCCCUGUCCUAUGCUGGGUCCUCGUGUCCCCACUGCCCACCCUGCCUAGCUUGGAUUGCUUACAUGUGUGUAGCAGCGCAUGCGCUAUGCCGUUGCCAAGUUCACAUGCUUGUGAAUCCUUAUGAGAGUCCCAUCCUGCUGAUAGGCGCUGUCCCCAUAGAUGUUACCAACUGGGUAGCUAGCUGUUUGGAUUUUUAAUGACCCCAGUCACACCCUGUACCAGGCUUCAAUGUGCUCAUACCACAUUGUUAUGUUUUGCCACCAUUCUGUGGCUAACUUUGUCCCGUUGCGUCUGGUUUUUACAGUUCUUCUGUUGGUCUUUUGACUGACGUCAUCCUUUUUUUUUUUUUUUUUUUUUUUUUUUUUAACCCGCUCUCCCAUCACAUUGCUCUUUACUUCCUGUGCGCGGAUGGGAUCUAGAACGUAUGUGCAGCGCCUAGUGCUUACCUGCAUGUAUGUUUGCGUCUAACUUUGCGACGUACGUAUGUGUGUGUCUCUCCAGUCGUUUACUUUCUCUUUGCCAGUCG